AAGACUCCGUAGAAGAAGAGCAAGUAUUGUAAACACAGGGCUAUGGCUGACGAGAGGGGUGGAGGUGAACAAGACAACAUAGACGACAACAUGGGCAACCAGCUACAGCUUUUACCAGACCCUGAGGCAGAGGAGGAGGAAGAUGACAUGGAGACUGAAGACCGAGACAAUGAAAGCGCAGAGAAACCAAACAUCACUUUUGACCCCAGUCUUCCCACAUCACAUGCUUACCUGGGCUCAGACAUGGAGGAGUUUCAUGGCCGCACAGUUCAUGAUGAUGACAGCUGUCAGACCAUCCCUGUGCUGCCACACACAGCUGUGAUGCUGGUGCCAGGUCAGACGCUUCCCCUACAGCUGUUCAGGCCUCAGGAGGUCAGCAUGAUGAGGAGCGUCAUCCAGAGAGACCGCACCUUUGCUGUGCUCGCACAUAGUGAUGCAGGUGAGCCGGAGGCUGAGUUUGGGACAACAGCUGAAAUCUAUGCAUACAGAGAGGAGCAGGAAUAUGGCAUUGAAACUGUCAAAGUGAAAGCUGUGGGGAGGCAGAGAUUCAAGGUCCAUGAAAUGAGAACUCAAGCAGAUGGGAUCAGACAAGCCAAAGUGCAGAUUCUCCCGGAACGAAUCCUUCCAGAUCCACUCUCUGCAGUACAACUCACUCCCCUCUCUAGGCUUCACAUGCAUCCCUCGUCCAAACCCCCGACUCAGAGCUGCAAACAGGCCCAGUGCUGGUGGAGUAACUACCAACAGAGGAAGUUUCACUGUGCCAGUCUGACACCGUGGCCACCAUGGGUCUACGCUCUCUACGACUCUGAGUCACUCAUGAACAGAGUGAAGAAACAGCUCCAUGAAUGGGACGAGAAUCUGAAGGAUGACUCCCUCCCUACGAACGCCGUAGACUUCUCCUACCGAGUGGCGGCCUGCCUGCCUAUCGAUGAUGCUCUGCGGCUUCAGCUGCUGAAAAUCGGCAGUGCCAUCCAGAGACUUCGAUGUGAGCUGGACAUCAUGGACCGGUGCACAUCGCUGUGCUGUAAGCAGUGCCCAGACGUAGAAAUCACCACCAAAAAUGAGAUCUUCAGCCUCUCUUUGUAUGGACCCAUGGCUGCAUACGUCAACCCUCAUGGCUAUGUCCACGAAACUCUGACGGUCUACAAAGCCAACAACCUCAACCUGGUUGGCAGGCCAUCCACGCUGCACAGCUGGUUUCCAGGAUAUGCCUGGACGAUCGCUCAAUGCCGAACCUGCGGCUCUCACAUGGGUUGGAAGUUUACAGCCACAAAGAAGGACUUGUCUCCUCCUCGUUUCUGGGGCCUGACGCGUUCAGCCAUGCUACCCCGUAUCCCCCAGGGUGAGGGGGAUGAGGGGAGGGAUGGCUCCCGUCUCUUCUGCCUGUGAUGUGAUGGACUACUUGUUAAAAUUGCAAACACCCCGCAAACCUGUAUCUUCAAGCACUUGCUGGCCGUGAUUACUUGUAAUAAUCGAUGCAUCACACACUGCCUGUCGCCCCUGGCAGCAGAUCAGUCAAACAGCAGAAAGCUCAUUUGGCUUCGAGAGGAACUCUUAGAGUGAAUUCAGACAGGAUGCAGGUUUUAAACGUUUCUUGUAAUGCAGAGACAGAAAUGAGACAGCUCAGUGUGUUCUGAAGUGUGGCAGUAAUAAAGCAAAGCAGAUAGAACAAAUGACACUGGAACAUCACAGCAUGCAUCUUUGUCAUGUUGAUUCUUUGCUCUUUGCAGACACACAACCACACAUCUUUGCUCAAUGCAUUCUUUACUUUCACCUUAUUUCCCUCCCUAUGGCAGAGUGUGAAUACAUGCAGCUAAGAUUGGGAUUAUCUACUGUAAACAGGCUGAGGUAGCUACUAUAAUCUGUUGUAGAACCCUUUAGGUCCAAAAUUCACCUUCAGGUUCUAUCAGAUCUGUCUCAGAUGUCAGUUCAGCUGCUGCAGGUCUGCAGAGGAAACCGUUGAAGCUAAAGUGAACUCACGUACUUGUUAUUCUGUCGCUAUAGGGGAUAUUUUCAAUCAAACAGGAUGUAUUUUUGUAUGCAGGAAGAUUAGAAGGUUAUUUAACAUGCUCAUCCAUGUGUGCUACUGUGCUUUGUGUGUGUUAUACUUGAUAUAAUCAAUGUUUUGAAUUCAAAGAAAGCUCUUUGUCCAAUCAGAUACCGUGCUUCAGGAAACGAGCUUCAUCCCUGGUUGCACAUGUGAGAAUCAAAGGAGUUUUGAUGCCUUAAUGGCAGACUGUUCUCAAAAGUCAAAGCCGAAUAAGAGAGGAGCAUUGACCCAUCAUCAUGGACGUUUCUUCAUGUUUGGCAUGUUAAAAUUGUGUGCCUACAACCCAUAUCGAUGUCUUUUGAUACAUUGGAUGAAUUAGUGAACCCCAGACUUGAAUGAAAGAUUGUAAAUGAUGAAAGUGUUGAGGAGAUUUAAAAUAAGUAUCUGAUUUUUUUCAGAUUGUUUUAGUUUAAGGUCUCAGUUUUCAGGAUUUUACUGCUUGCGAUUUUGUUGCAAGUUGUUGACUGAAAAAAAAAGGCAGUUAUAGCAUUUGUUCCGUAACAUAGCUGGAGUUUUACAGUUGAAAGACUUUCACAUAUCAGAGAAUUGUUAGGACAUAUUCUAUGAAUUGAAAAAUCUUUUUGUAUGUUUUCCUCUUUUUCUUAAAAGUUAAUUUUGUUCAAUGCAUCAUAUAUUGAGGCUUAAAGAGUUUUUUAGUUCAGUUCCUGUAAAUGUUGAACAAAGAAGGUAUGUCCUUUGAGUAAGCUAGAAGAAGGCUAGCUGUUUCCCUGUAUCCAGUCUUUGUGCUAAGCUAGGCUAAGAAAAUCUUGGAUGUAGCUUUACAAAUAUCGUACAGAUAUGAGAGUGAUGUCUCACAAAAAAUAUGACAUUAAAGCUUAUCUUAAAUCUUAACUGUUAUAAUAUCAGAGCAAGCCUUUAAGUUGGGAAAUCCUUUCAGAUUAAAUGCAUUUUACCUGUA